CGGGCCGUCCUUCUCCCUGUGGUUAGACUCGGAACCAGCAAGCCCAGCAAGCCCAAUCACCACCGGGUCAAUGCAGGAAAUCUAAGCAGCUGCCCGGAUACUGCCCAUUCAACUGAUGCCGAAUUGCAAGGCUGACCUGGCCCGAUUCGAGACCAGAUCUCACCGGAUUGUGUGUCGAGGGCCGACUUGUCCAAAGGAUUGUCGGCCGAGCUCAUCAUGGAUUCAUGGCUCACAAUUUUAGUCGACCACGGCCACGACGGAUCCCUGGAUAAUGUGGAUGCCAACGCAACCGUCCUAUGAUCAUUGCAAAAUGUCGCAGUCCCCCGUCAGACAGUCAGACACAAACUGACCAUGGCGAAGUGGAUACCGGCCUCGGUCAACCUCCGCGCUCCCCGUCGGAAAAAUUCUGGGUCUUCCCCCACUCUGGGGUGCAUUCUUUGCGGAGAACAAACAACUGGAGAUGUCGAAUCAGCCAGGCAAUGACUGGAAGGAAGCCGACGCUUCAACCUCUCUGCUCACCGGACUCUCGCCGGUUUAGCCACUUUGCCGACUGCUCGUGGGGGGACGCACGUAUCUUGACUCUGCUUUCCCCCAUCCCACCCAAACCCACUCUCUGGCCAAAUGACGACUCAGCUCUCAAAAUCCGGACACUUGUGUUCCGCGUUGCCGUUUCAGCGAAACCCAAUCCGAGCUGCAGGAAGCAAGUCAGCCAUGACUACUACCCAAGUCAGCCGACGAAGUACCGACAGACGUGGGGUGGGAGAUGUCUGAAUCUGGGCGGGAUGAUACUUGCGGGGAUCAGCCCAUAAGCAAGAUAACAGCCAGCUGCGUGUAUCCGGAGGCUGCCUCAGGGGAUAGUCCUUCUUGCGUUCUUCCCACGUACUUAAAUCCCUCGCUCCAUC